AUGCAUUAUACACAGUGGCGGAGCCAGGCCCUUCACUUUGGUAGGGCAGUGCACUCCCCACCUCCACUAGUCCCCUCACCUCCACCACCGGUGCUUUCUCCUUCUCCACCAGUCCAAUCUCCUCCCCCACCACCCCCAGUGCGAUCCCCACCUCCACCUAUCCACUCAUCACCGCCGCCGCUGCCUCCAAUGCACUCCCCACCUCCACCAGUCUCCUCACCUCCACCACCGGUGCUUUCUCCUCCUCCACCAGUUCAAUCUCCUCCCCCACCACCCCCAGUGCAAUCCCCACCUCCACCUGUCCACUCACCACCACCACCACCUCCAAUUUCGCAGGCAGAAACUACUUUUAUGCUUGAUUUGUUGCAAUCUUACACUAUAGCUUUUGGUCAGUCAAUUAAUUAUCACAAAUCGCAUAUUCCAUUCAAUAAGCGGGCACCGUUGCAAUUGAGGUGA